GAAAUCUGUCUACAUUAUACAAUAAAGGAAACUAAUCAUUCGAUAAGAGAGAUGUUGUAUAAUUGAAAUUUGAAUAUUUAUUAAUUAAUAUAUGGAUUGAUAAAUAUCUUUUUAUGAAUAUCUGAUUACUGAUGACUGUGAAUGUUGCAUAUCACUUAGCUUGGAUGGAAUUAUUGGAUACAGAAAAUAAGUAUAUCCAUUUAUUACAAGAUGUUUAUGAUAAGGUCAUGAUGAACAAAGAAAUUGAUUGUAAAACAUCAGUUGGUAUUACACAGAUUCCACUUACUCAAUUAAAACAGAAAUUACUUGGGAAUUGGUCUGAAUUACUUUCAUUUCAUAAAAUACAUGUUCUAUCUACAUUGAAAGAAUGCAAUGGAAAUGCUAAGAUGAUCAAAUAUUGGGCUUCUGUCAUGGCACCUUGCUUCAUUGACCAAUAUACUACGUACUGUUUAUUCCAUGAAAAGACAAAACGACUAUGUACUUAUUUAGGAAACGUUUCAUGUAAAAGUGUAGUAUUAAAAAAAACAAAUGAAACAAUUGGAAAUUACAACAGCGAUACCGAGUUAUUCAAAUGUCAACUAAGCAAACCUGUACGACAUAUUCAAUCUUAUCAUGUAUUAUUGAAUAAACUUCAAGAAGAAGCGAACUUAUCUGAUAUUAAAUACUUAGACGAUGCUCGUCAAAUAUUCAACAGAAUAUGUGAUACAGUAAAUGUGACAAUGAAUCUGCGUGGUUUGACGGUAGCGCCAUCAAAGUUAGGACAUUUUUUGCUAGAAGCUGAUUUCACUGUUAACCAAACGAUUAAACCUACAAAGUCAAAACGACAUUUUCAUGUAAUCUUAUUUACUGAAAUGUUACUGUUGACAAAAUACCGUGUUUCAUUUAAAACAUCAAUUUCUAAUAAUAAGGGCUCUGAAGAUCAGUUUCCAAAUUUGGAUGAUUAUUUAGCAUUCUUUGAUUUUUCACAUAAUAGUAAGCCCAGUGGUAGUAAAUUAUAUGAAGUAGAAGAAGAACUUUGCCUACAUCAGAUUGGAUUAUUUUCAAAUUCACAUGAUCGAUGUUUCUCACUAUUUACCGAAAACUAUGGAUCCACGUACACAUUUAAAUCAAACGAUAAUACAGUGAAAGAAUUAUGGACGAGUACAAUCAAUAAAUUACUUAUGAAUCAAUUGUACAAUUUACGAGUUAAUACGGAUCCACAACUACAGACAUUCAGUAGACUACCGAUUUCAAGUAAUCGCUUUUCUUGGCUAAAUUCAAGCUUAACAGUAAAUCCUAAAGUAAAGCAAUUAAAUGAGAAGUGAAAGUAACGUUUGAUUUUUCAUUUUGUUCACAUUCUAUGAAUAUUUUGGACAAUGGCAACUUAAAAGCAGUUUAUAAUAAUAUUGUUCACGUUGGGGGUGGCAUUUGUGUUAUAAAAUCCGUUGUUUAUUAAAAAUUGCAAGUUUUACUUUUUUAAAAUCAAAAUAACGGUGUGAACUAUGCUUUUAUAUAGGUAUAUUUUUCAAUUUUCUGAUAAGUCAACUUUAUAAUCCCUUAGAUCGCACAAUUCAAAAAUAACGUAUAUCAAUUAAAUUUUAUCAUGUAUUUUUUGCUUGGCGUUUUUUGUGAUUUUUACAAAGUAUCUUACAUUUAUUUUUGAGAGUCUACC